UCGCCCUCAUUAAGGCAAUAUUAUCGGGCUCCGCUGGUAGGCCAAACAAUUAGGGACACAUACCAACGCAGAACACUCAUUCGGUUCUGUCAUGUUCAGUUGGGCUCGGGAUCGCGUUUCGAAAACAAAGUUUCUUUUUUUUCAAAUUUGAUUUUUAAUUAUUCUAUUUUUGCUUCUUUUCGUUGUGAUAAACCCUUAUUUGCUAGGAUAAUUAAUAGCUAGAUUUAAUAUGGUGAGGUUGAUACUGACUAACAGGGUUAAAGGAUAUGUGUGGUGAAGAGCUGAAGCGACACCAGAGUGAUCUAAAAGUGCUGGAACAGCCGCGUCUGUCUAGUUUGUGCGACAAUAGUCUCGGUCUAAACGCGCCGCUAAGUAAUAGUAGUUCGAACGAUGGUGAUAAACCAUCGAAACAAAAGAGACACAGAACGCGUUUUACUCCUGCGCAGCUAAAUGAGCUCGAGCGGUGCUUCUCGAAGACUCACUACCCUGAUAUCUUUAUGAGAGAGGAGAUUGCUAUGAGGAUAGGACUUACCGAGUCCAGGGUUCAAGUUUGGUUUCAAAACAGAAGAGCUAAAUGGAAAAAAAGAAAGAAGACUACCAAUGUCUUCAGGACGCCAGGUGCACUUUUACCAUCUCAUGGUUUACCACCCUUUGGAGCCAUGGGGGAUAGUCUAUGUAGUUCCGGGAUGUUUGCAGGGUCAGAUACGCGGUGGAGCGUCGCGGGGAUGACAACCGGACUGUCUCAACUUGGUCAGGGCACGGUUGCAAUGGGCGGUUUUGGCCAAACCUUAGGCCAACUAAAUCAAACUUCUAGUCUAAAUUCAUCAUUACCUAUAAGUAGUUCUACAGCAAGUACCGUAUAUCAAGCUCAUUAUGGACUUAAUUCACUAGGUGAUAGCAUGAUGACGUAUUGUAACAAUGGUGGCGGCGGCGGGGGGACUCCGGGAGGUGGCAACGGAGCAGGAGGCGGCGGUUCUCCGCCUCCACAGAUCCCGUGUUCGAAUGCGGCGGCCGUCACGCCGCCCGUAACGUCGGGAGCCUCCCCAAACGGCGGUGGAGGCGGAGGAGGGGACCCAGAUGAGGACGUGUGGCGUGGCCAUAGCAUCGCUGCGCUGCGACGCCGGGCGUCUGAGCUGAACGCCGCGAUCCCUUCUUACUUACAAAUCAAUUACGACACACACAACAAUGCAUCCGUAUAUUAAUAAUACGACUGAUGUAUUUUAGGUAUUUGCUGAGACGGAAUGUAAUGCCUACCUGGAAGAACGCUAAUACGGAAGGAAUGGAACAGGUUUUUGUGUACAUGUUGUAGUAUUUGUCCCUUUGUUCAGUUUUAGCUGAAUCAUGUGGUACCUAUAGAAUUCAUAAAGCAAAAAAGAACUGAAACAUUAUUUUUUCUUUAACUAUAAGUAUAUCUAAACGUGAAACCUAAAUUUUUGAACAGCUUUGUGAAGUAUUCAGUCAGUUCACAUUAGAUCAACUGUAGGGGAAAAUGACGAUAAUAAGCUUAUUAGUUUGUUCUAUACAUGAUUUUAACGGAGCAUCUUGUUUCUUAGAUCUCAAAAUUACCGUUAAACAAUUUCUUGCAAAAGUGACAAACAUAUGCUUUACUUCUCCAGCAUUCACACAAUUUACACUUUGCAUGAACCCAUCCCGACAUGAGGAAAAGUGUACUACCUGACAUAUCAAACUUCAUCUUUACCUGACUUAUUGUGAAUUAAACAGAUUUCUUCUAUUUAUCCAAGGUAAUCUUUAUUAUAAUCUUGUAAAUCGUCCAUGUAAUUUAUUGAGGUUGAGGAAUUUGAAGAAUCACUGUGGCCGUCAAAUUUCGUUUUUCUGACAUGAUUGACUUUUUGAUCCUUUUGGAUUCACACUUUUUUUUGUUUUUCGGCUUUUUUUGACAUUGUCCUCUUUUUUUCUAAUUUUCCUUCUUUUUUCUUAGUAAUUUUUUUCUUGACUUCUUUAGUUUCUAAGGAGUCCCUAAGAGGAGUGCUAGUUAUAUGCAGUGAUGGUUACUUUUCUUUUUAACUCUUGCAAACUGUUCUCAAGUUAAACCAAAUGCUUAUUUAUUUACAUCCUCUACAAAUUUGUUUAGGUUUUCCAUUUGCUCAGUAAAAGUGCUCCUGAAUCAUCCCGCACUAAUCGACAAGGUCUGAAAAAACAAACUUGGCUCUUACUAUAUUACACACUUUACUAUAAUAAAUUUUAACGUUGCCAGCAUUAUAGCAUAAAUAUUUAGUUACUAUAAAUUACAGAAUAUUUUUCAGCAUGGCCCAGCAAUAUAACAGCUGAAAAUUGUAUUUUUUUCCGUUCUGUUCACAGAUUUCUUUAUGAGGUCUGUGUCUGAGGUAUCUACAAUAGCGAGCAUUGUUUCCUAUAGUCAACUCUGCCGGUGUGUCAUUCGUUAAUACGUUUUUAUCUUACAAGAACAUAAAAAGGCAAGAGAGGUGUUUUGUUAACAAACAUAUUCUCGAUUCUCUGUUGUCAAGUUUAUACACAUUUUUAAAAGAGGACAUUUUCAGCUAUAUAUCAACACAUAUAAUAAUGUUAAUUUAACUUAUUGAUGUAAACCAAGACUGUCAAAACAUAUCAAGGGAAAACCGUCAUCAUAAACCUAGAAUAAAAUGGGAUCAUAGAUAUAAACCCAAAUAAUAACUUCUUAAGAAAUCUAUAAUAAUUAUAAAAUAUUCAAUUUCCAUAAAAAGACUUUUUAUUAGAUAAUUACUUUAAUGAGAAACUUUAAAAAAACGCAUAAAGAGUUUAUAAACGGUAAUAUUGUUUAUAAUUUAAAGCAUAAUCUAUUAUUAAUAAAUACUUGUCAUGUAAAUAUUUUUUGACGACGUCACUGGUAACGAGUUCGGUUCCUUGAGUCGGUGGAAUCAACAAUGCGAUCGAGCGGCAUUGCGAUGUUGUUGCCUUUUUCUCUAAUGUACGUUACCUGCAUUCAUAAUAAUGACUUUUUUAUAUCUUAGUUUCUUAUCAUAUUUAAUUUAAAAAAUGCUUCAUAUUUUAUUAAAGAAAAACAGGAGGAUUGUGUUGUGCCUGUCAAAAUAAGCGACAAAUUUUUAUAAUAUUAUACAGUUUUUUUUGCCAUUUCUUCAUAAGCAUUUGGCAUCAUUACAUCAGAGAUGUUGCAAGAUAAUAAACUGCCCAUAGUUCUACGGCAAUGUCAAUGUUAGCCUUUCAAUGUUCUAAGGUUUUUACCACAAUUAUUCACUGCAAAUUAGAUAUUAAAAUAAAAUACAACACAACCACUUUUCUAUACAUUUUUUGUUCUAUGCGCUUUAAUAAAACUUCAUAGGUCAUUCAAGCAUAAUAAUAUAAACCUAAAUAAAAAUAGUUACUGCAAGGAAAAAUUAAAAAGUUUAAGGUAGAGCAAAAUGACAUACAAUCUUUUGUUUAAUAAUUUCAUCGUAAAAAAUCCAAAUUCUAUUAUGUCUUUUAAUUCGUUGCAAAAGCGGAUUCCAAGUAUCCAUAUAAAAUCAUUUUCAUGAAUGGGUUUUGAACAUAAACUGAUUUCAAUAAAAAACACAAAAAUAUCUUUUUGCUAGCGCGUCAGGCAAAAUGACAUAUGAUUUUAUCACAUAAACGCAAGAUGACAUAGACAUGAAAGAGAAACCAUGAAAACAAAUAAUAAUACGAUAAUAGGUAUACGAAUAAUAUAAAUAUUAAAUCACAUUCUUACAUAAUAUAUUGAAAAAAUACAAAAUUCUUAUUUUUUUUUUUUAUAAAUUUUACUUAAUCUUUGCAAGCUUCGCAAAUAAAAAAAAAGUAAAUUUUCAUUGACACCCCAGCACAUUCUGCAUGAGCCCAUUGUUUGCAUUGCUAGCACCGAAUCCACUUCUUUCGAGACCUAGAGCGACUGAAUAGGACGUUAAAGUAGAUACAUGGCACAUCUGAGUCGUCUUCAUCGUCGUUUACAAAUGAAUCAAGUUCAUCCUCUGGUUGCACCAAUCGUUUAGUUACUCGAGCUCUAGUACUCUUUCUUAUUUCUUUUUCCUCCUUUUCAACUACUUUUUCUUUCAAUUCAUUGACAAAUGCUGUCAUAACUAUUUUUUGCCCUUCGGCGCACUGACGCUUUACUAGCUAUCGGCAUUGGCGAUAAUUCUGUCAACAUUUUUUCAUGUCUGGAAUGAUGUUAAUUGAAAUCGAAGAAUGCUGCAUAGCAGAACUCGUUGAAGGCUGGUUAUCAGAAGUCGUAGAAAGCUGGAUUGCUAAAAAAUCAGAUUGGUGAGAAAAACUUGUAGAAAGUAGAUCUGAUUCCGACUAGUUCAUAUCUAAAUUAGUAACCACUUUAUUACUUAAAACUUUUUCAUAUUGGUUUUGGUUUAGGAUGUCUGUAACUGAGCUAGGUAAAAAUAGGUUGUCUGGCAAGAUGUUUGGAUUCAAAGGAUUAAUACCGGUAGCCUUAAAUCCGCUGAGAGCUAUUUCAACAGUAGCAGCUUUGCUGUAGGCCUGUCCAAAUAAUGAAGCAAUUUUAUAUAUAGAAACUGUCCGUCCUGGAUGAGCCUUCAACCAUGUUGUUACUUCUUGGUCAUAGUAAUUUGUCAGCGGACCAAAAAAUGCGACAUCAAGCGGUUAAAGUCGAUGAGUGAUUUUCUUUCGCAAAUACUAAGGACUCCAGCUGUUUGUGGCUUGCGUGACCAUCACUUAAGAAACAGUUCUCCGGUCAUAUAGGCAGAUUCGUUAUAUAAGGGGAGAGUGCCAGGUGAAGCGUCAUCAUACAAAGUCUGGUUUAAUUUUUCCAAGAAAAAAAUGUCAGGGUCAAAAUUUUCUGCACUAUUGACGCUUACUACUGCUGUGUAGUAGUAAUUCCUCUCUCAGCGCUAGCUAGUUAUAGCACCGACUUGCUUUUUACCCUUUUUGGCAAUAUUUUUUGUGUGUUUUGAACCGUAGUAAGCCCAGUUUCAUCCAUAUUGUAAAUCAUCGUUCGUUGAAUGUUCUCUUUUCUAUUAUUUCUUGCAAUUUCUUGAAAUAUUUUUCAAUUUGUGGUAUGUUAAAAGCUUGAACUCUGGCUGCUGACGUAGCUUCUGGGAUUCUUAGAGAUAUGGAUUGAUUGCGGGACAAAAACUUAUGAAUCCACUCCCUGCUGGCCAUUUUUUUCUCUCUAUUGAAAUGAUGGUCUUAAUGCGCUUAGCAAGUUUGUACGCCAGAAAUCUCUCUUCUUUCUAAAAUUCUCUUGGAUGCGAGUUACCCCAAAAAGCCGAGACUUCAAAUCUAAGAUAUGAUUAACCAUUUUUUUUGACAUUUUUCCAUAUCUUCAGUAAGCGACUUUUAAAAUCGCCCUAAGCGCUUUUUCACACCACGAGCAUGUAUAUUUUUCUCUUGGGCACGUCUACGUAAUGUAAAUAAAUAAAUAAAUAUGCCUUUAUAUUACGGAAAUCGAAAAUUACAAUAACAAUUAUUAAUGCGGCGAGAUCUAGCCUAUGGCUACUCUAUCUAACCACACACUUAAAAAUGGUACUUGAAAAUAAUAUAUAUAUAUAUAUAAAUUCGAACUAUAAAUUUAUUAAAUUUAUAGUUAUUUAUUAAAUUUAUAGUUAUUAAUUUAUAGUUACUAAUUUAUUAAAUUAGUAACUAUAAUUAGGCUUACAAAACAAAACAAUCCUACACAGACAUAAUCAUAUCAUACAAUUAAUCAAGUAAUAUAGUUAACUAAAAAGUGAAAAAAAGAAAAAACAUGAUUUUCGUAAAAUACUAAACUAUAAACUACUAUUAAAAUAGAGUUUGGCAGAUUUUUUGAAAGAAGCGAGUGAGUGCUUACACUUCAGAUCAUGAAGCAACGCAUUAUAGAUUUUAACACCGGUAUAGCUAAAUGAGGCUUGAAAUUUGGUAGUUCUAUGCUUAAGAACAUAAAAAUUUUUGGAAUGACGCAUAUCACGACCAUGAAUGCUACUGCAGCUUACCAGCUUCUCAUACAAGUACUUGGGGACAGUUUCAUAAAUGAAACUAGCCAUAUAAACUUUGAAUCGUUCUUCCAGCCUUAGCCAUUGAGAUUCGAUAAAUAAUGGUGUUACAUGGUCAUAUUUUUGCUUACAAUAACUAAAUUUUAGGCAAGCAUUUUGUAAUUUUUGCAAGCUUUAUUUAUCUCUUUGAGCAAGGGCUGGCCAGAAUAAAAUGCUUCCAUACAUAUAGUUGAUAAAAUAUAUGAAUGGAUAUACAUGUACAAGACGUUAAGUUUAUAGUAAGCUUUUUGUAAAAUAUUAGAAACAUGAUAUUCAAAAUUAAGUUUAUUAUCGAUAAAUAUUCCUAAGUUUUUUUCGCAGCUAGUCGGCUGCAGAUUAACUCCCUGGAUGGAGACAUUCACCCCCAAAUCAGGAAUCCCAAAAACCAAUAGUUUUGACUUAGCAGCAUUAAGAGCCAGCUUAUGGAAACUAGACACCUGCACAAUAGCAUCAAGAUCAGAAUUUAUAUUCCCUAUGGCGGUAUUAAUUUGAUUAAUUGAAAAUGAGUGAUAGAGUUGAACAUCAUCCGCGUAUUGAUGCGACUUGCAUGUUUUAAGAAACUCAAGAAAAUCAGACGUGUAAACUGAAAACAAAAGUGGUCCCAAAAUACUACCCUGCGGAACUCCCUGGCCAAUAACUACAUAUUGCGAAAAUGCUGAACCGAGACGUACUCUUUGCACUCUAUUAGCCAAAUAAUCACAAAGAAGAUACAAAGCUGAGUCGUGUAGGCAAAAAUAUUUUAAUUUGGCAAGCAAAAUAGAAUGAUCAAGAGUAUCAAAUGCUUUACUGGUAGUAAUAGUCUAACAGCACCAUUGCAGUAGCUUUUUUAUUAUCUAUAGCACGAAGAAUAUCAUCGCAUACAUGCAAUAGUGCUGUUUCCGUACCAUGCCGAGAUCUGAACCCAGACUGGGUACAGGAAUAAUUUUAUUAUUUAUAAAAAACGUUUUUAAUUGCUGGUUCAUGGCUUUUUCCAGUAAAUUAUUUAUUAUAAUAAGGCUAUUUACUUUGGGAAUGGGUAAUAAAUCCGCCUUUUUCCAUUCGCUGCGAAAUUUGGAUAACGAAAAGGGACUAAGAAAAAUAAAUCAUCUUGAUGCCAAUAGCAUCAGAUCCAAAGGAGACAGACUUUAUAUUCUCAAUAUCACUCUCACUCAUCUCCCUAAACUUAAACUUGUUCUCAACAUUAGGGUGUACUUUAUUAAUACAUUUGGUAUUUAUUUCAUUAUUAAGAGUAACAGGUAAUGAAUUAGUUUUCGGAAUACUAUUAAUAAAAAAAGAAUUAAAUUGUUCAGCAUCGAUAACAGUAUUGGAGUGCGCUGGUAACUUUGAAUUCUUAGGUGUUAUUUUAAGACACUUAAAGUUUUUCAAAAUGAGGCCGGAUCCUCUUUAAAUUUAAAAUUUAGAAAAGAUUUUUUUUCAUUUGCAACUGCGCUUGUUACCAUAUUUCUAAUUUUCUUAUAUUCAUUAAAAGAGUUUUAAGUUUUUAAUUUUUUGUACUUUGUAAGGGCUUUUUGUCGCAAUUUUAUCAUAAAAAGUAUAUUACCAGUCAUACAAGAGGCUCUGGCCUUGGUGAAUCUCGAAGUUUUAAAGGGUGCAUGAAUAUUAAACACACCAGUCAGAUUCUGCUGAAAAAAUGGAAACCAUUUCAUUCACAUCAGAGAGAUUAAAUAUAUCUUGCCAAUUAAUACUAAAAAUGUCAUUAAGAAAGUCCACAAAAACGAAAUUGGAAUAAUCUCGAUACGUAUGAAAGGAUACAGGAGGGCGUGUUUUUUGCAACUUUAAUUCGGUUUAAACCAGUGAUCAGAAAUGUCGUCCAUGUUGAUUACUUGGACAUCAGCCGACAGGACCGACGUAGGAGUUCGAACAAGUUGUGCCAAAUUAUAUUUAUUGAAAAGUUUACUGAGAGCAGUAUAUCCAGGGCUGUUGACUUGCAAAAUAUCCACAUUGAACGCCCCGCCAAAUACCAAAAGAUCAACCUCAGGCAAAAAUCUAACAAUAGCUUUCUCCAAAUCAUCAAUACACGAAUUACGAAGGUUUAUGUUAGGUGGGCGGUACAGUGAUCCAAAACAUAUGAUCCUACCAUUGAUUUAUUAUUAAUUUAGUACAAAACCAUAGCUGUUCCAAUACGCUACUCUGGGGUGGUCGUUUUUAGAAUUUGAAAUGUUAAUGAAUUGUUAAUAUAAAAAACGACUCCGCCCCCACGACCAUCUCUAUCUUUACGUAUAAUAUUAUAAUUGAAAAUAUCUAUGCUGUUAUUUUGUACUAAGUUACUUAACCAGGUUUCUGAUGAGCCCAAUUACAUCGUACUUUUCAGCCCUUAAAAAUUCACUAAAGUUGCCAAAUUGUGAAAAAAGUGAUCGGACAUUAAAAUGAGAAAAACAAAAAUUAUUUUUAUUACUUGCAGCAGCCAUAAGCUAAUAUGAACGGUAUACACACACAAAACGCUGUCCGCCAAUUGAGAAAAAACUAAAAAUCGAAUAAGUCAUAGCCAAUAGACCUUGUAAGCAUCUACGCAAAAAGAAAAAAAAUCUUAAGUAUAUAUUUCAGCCUAAGAAGCGAUUCAAUAGUGAACACAACACAAUACACAUUUUUAAAUUUAACAAAUAUAUAUAUUUAUUUAAUAUAUAUAAUAUAAAAAAAAAUAACCGAAAAAAUGUACCGAGCAAUGCAUACAAAUGCG